AUGGUGUCCCCUGGCUGGGCCCAGCUGGGACCCGGCGUCGUUCUGCCGCUAUCGCGCCCCAGGAAUCCCGCGCGGAGGGAGCAUGAAAAAGAAGUGCAGAAUCGGAAGAGGGGCAAGCGGCCCCGGGGGAGGCCCAGGAAACACGUGGAACCAGAGAUGCCUGCAAAAACUAAGUCAAGUAGCUCCUCUUCCUCCACAUCCUCCUCUUCCUCCUCCUCUGAUGAAGAGGAUGAAAGCGACCUGGAAGCGAAGAGAGGUCCCCGCAGCAGAGAGACUCACCCAGUACCGCAGAAGAAAGCUCAGAUCCUGGUGGCGAAGCCCGAGAUGAAAGACGCUUCCAGGAAGAAGCGUGGGCGAAAACCUCUUCCCCCGGAGCAGAAAGCGGCUCGAAGGACCGUGAACCUGACAAAGGUGCUGAAAACAUCCCGGAAGGAGGUGGGCGGCAGCGCCAAGCUGCUGGGGAAGCUGCAGCCCCAGCACAGCUCGCAGGGCUCGGGCAUGGCCGUGCUGAAGGACCCGCCGGGCGCUUUGCCUGGGCUCGGCUCGGCGGGGUCGUCUGCAGAAAACCUGCCCAACGUGAUGAAGAGCGGCUCCGCGAGCCCCAGCCGGGCCAUCAGCUGGCAGAGCUCCAUCGUGCACUACAUGAACAGGAUGUCCCAAAGCCAGAACUCGGCGGAGACCUCGCCCCUGGGCAGGCUGGCGCUCAAGUCGCAGGCAUCCAGUAAGAGCGGCUUAGGGCUGGACUUAAAAAUGAGGAGCCAGAAAGGAUCUGGGGAGCUUGGGCUGAGCAUGCAGGGACCCAAGACUGCUAAGGCUCCCAGCAGCGGCGCUGGAGGGGACCAGAAAUCGGGCGGGGGAGAGAUGCUGAGGCCGCCGCAUUCAGCAAAGUCACCCAAUCAGCUCCCGACAUCGCACAGCGAAAUGAUAGAGAAAGGAAACUCCCCCCCCAACGCCCGCAAUGACUGCCUGGAGGAGCGGCCCCCACCCGCCUGUGAGCAAAAGCACCGAGUGCCCCGACGGCCUGGGAAAUCUUCCACUUCCCACCGCGAACGGGGACGUGCACCUUCGGCCCUUCUCCAGGCAGCAGCUCCCCCCACGUUCCCAGUGCGGACCUGGAAGUCUCCCAGUCCCCACGAGGCUGUUUCUUACUCUGAUUAA